AAGUUUUCGCGCCAGGGCGGAGUCACGCGGGUUUUCUCGACACUGUUUGGCGGCCGGUGAUUUCGGGGCAGCGGCAUGGCGGGCACCGUAGUGCUGGACGACGUGGAGCUGCGGGAGGCGCAGAGAGACUACUUGGACUUCCUGGACGACGAGGAAGACCAGGGAAUUUACCAGAACAAGGUUCGGGAGCUGAUCAGUGACAACCAGUACCGGCUGAUUGUCAGUGUGAACGACCUGCGCAGGAAAAAUGAAAAGAGGGCUAACCGCCUUCUAAACAAUGCCUUUGAGGAGCUGGUUGCCUUCCAGCGGGCCUUGAAGGACUUCGUGGCCUCCAUCGAUGCUACCUACGCCAAACAGUAUGAGGAGUUCUACAUAGGAUUAGAAGGCAGCUUUGGCUCAAAGCACGUCUCUCCCCGGACACUCACUUCCUGCUUCCUCAGCUGUGUGGUCUGUGUGGAAGGCAUUGUUACUAAAUGCUCCCUAGUUCGUCCCAAAGUCGUUCGCAGUGUUCACUACUGUCCUGCUACUAAAAAGACCAUAGAGCGACGCUACUCUGAUCUCACCACUCUGGUGGCUUUCCCAUCCAGUUCUGUUUAUCCUACAAAGGAUGAGGAGAACAACCCCCUGGAGACAGAGUACGGCCUGUCUGUCUACAAGGACCACCAGAUCAUCACCAUCCAGGAGAUGCCGGAGAAGGCCCCCGCUGGUCAGCUUCCUCGCUCUGUGGAUGUCAUUCUAGACGACGAUCUGGUGGAUAAAGUGAAACCCGGUGACCGAAUACAGGUGGUGGGGACCUACCGCUGCCUUCCAGGGAAGAAGGGCGGCUACACCUCAGGGACCUUCAGGACUGUCCUGAUUGCCUGCAAUGUGAAGCAGAUGAGCAAGGACGUGCAGCCUGCGUUCUCUGCCGAUGACAUAGCCAAGAUCAAGAAGUUCAGUAAAACCCGUUCCAAGGAUGUAUUUGACCAGCUGGCCCGCUCAUUGGCUCCUAGCAUUCAUGGGCAUGACUAUGUCAAGAAGGCAAUCCUCUGUUUGCUUCUGGGAGGGGUGGAACGAGAGCUCGAAAACGGCAGCCACAUCCGUGGAGACAUCAAUAUUCUACUCAUAGGUGAUCCCUCUGUUGCUAAGUCCCAGCUUCUGCGAUAUGUGCUUUGCACCGCUCCCAGGGCCAUUCCCACCACUGGCCGGGGCUCGUCUGGAGUGGGUCUCACGGCUGCUGUCACUACAGACCAGGAAACAGGGGAGCGUCGCUUGGAAGCUGGUGCCAUGGUCCUCGCUGACCGAGGAGUUGUUUGCAUCGAUGAGUUUGACAAAAUGUCUGAUAUGGAUCGUACAGCCAUCCACGAGGUGAUGGAGCAGGGUCGAGUGACUAUUGCAAAGGCUGGCAUUCAUGCUCGGCUGAAUGCCCGCUGCAGUGUUUUGGCAGCUGCCAAUCCAGUCUAUGGCAGGUAUGAUCAGUAUAAGACUCCUAUGGAGAACAUUGGGCUGCAGGAUUCGCUGCUGUCACGAUUUGACCUGCUCUUCAUCAUGCUGGAUCAGAUGGAUCCUGAGCAGGAUCGGGAAAUCUCAGACCACGUCCUUAGGAUGCACCAGUACAGAGCCCCAGGGGAGCAGGAUGGUGAUGCUUUGCCAUUGGGUAGUUCAGUGGAUAUCCUGGCCACAGAUGAUCCCGACUUUGCCCAGGAUGACCAGCAAGAUACCCAGAUUUAUGAGAAGCAUGACAAACUUCUACAUGGAAGCAAGAAGAAAAAGGAGAAGAUGGUGAGUGCAGCUUUCAUGAAGAAAUACAUCCACGUGGCCAAAAUCAUUAAGCCCGUCCUGACACCAGAGUCCGCGGCCUACAUCGCAGAGGAGUACUCGCGCCUGCGCAGUCAGGACAGCAUGAGCUCAGACACUGCCCGGACAUCUCCAGUUACGGCACGAACACUGGAAACGCUGAUCCGGCUGGCCACAGCCCAUGCGAAGGCCCGUAUGAGCAAGACCGUGGAGCUGCAGGAUGCGGAGGAAGCCGUGGAGCUGGUUCAGUAUGCUUACUUCAAGAAGGUUCUGGAGAAGGAGAAGAAACGUAAGAAGCCAAGUGAGGAUGAGUCAGACCUGGAAGAUGAAGAGGAGAAGAGUCAGGAAGACUCCGAACAGAAGCAGAAGAGGAGGAAGACCGACGCCACAGCUGGGGAGUCCUAUGACCCUUACGACUUCGGUGAAGCCGAGAAGGAAAUGCCUCAGGUGUACACUCCGAAGACUGACGAUUCUCAGGAGACCACGGAAUCCCAGAAAGUGGAGCUGAGCGAGUCCAGGUUGAAGGCUUUCAAGGCGGCCCUCUUGGAUGUGUUUCGAGAAGCUCACGCGCAGUCUGUGGGCAUGAGCCACCUCACAGAAUCCAUUAAUCGGGAUAGAGAAGAGCCCUUCUCCUCAGAGGAGAUCCAGGCAUCACUGAGCAGAAUGCAGGAUGACAACCAGGUCAUGGUAUCUGAGGGCAUCAUCUUCCUUAUCUGAGCAGGGUAUGCCUGAAGUCGCUCCUGCCAAGGACUGCCCUGUUCCCACCUUUGUCUCCAUUCUCCAGUAACUGUUUAGUGGUGGAAGCUGCGGAACGUGGGUGACGAGGCUGUCAGGACUUGGUGGACGCUCUGAGAAUGGCUGCUGCUGUGGGCUAGAGCUGGCAGAGGGAGGGCGGGCCAGGACUCUGGUUACACACCUUCCAGCCUUAAAUGAUGGAAAGUUAUUUCAGGACUUGUUGGGUUUGGGGGCGCAACUGUUUUCUGUGUUAUUGCUUGUGUUUUUAAUUCUUCCGCCACCCCCAAGCACUUUAGUCUAGGACAAGCCUUGAGGUCUGUUUGCCAGAGUGGCUCAAGCAGAUCACAAAGGUGGAUUGGAGAAAGCUUUCUUUGCAGUUAAAUUAGUCUAAAACGUAAGAUGUAUUGUUGACCUAAAUAUCCGAGAUAUUGACACCGAGUAAAUAUAACUGUUUUAUACA